AUGAGUAAUGUGAAACCCAAAAGUCAAAACUCCUUACAAAUGUUUAUAGAUAAAUCGCGAGUGGAUCCCUUGAGUGACAAAGUAAAAGAUGCAGAGUUACUAUUAUCCAGUUAUGUAGCAGCUCACGAUAUGCCUUUUGCCGGUAUGGAUCAUCUAACUCCAGUUUUGGCCCGUUGCUUCCCGGAUUCUAAAAUAGCCCAAGCACUUUCGUUAAAGCGUACAAAAACAAAGUGUGUCAUCAAAAAUGUUAUUGGUGUCCACGAAAAAUAA